CAAGACGAGACCAUCGUAGGGAACAUCAACCGCCGCCGCUUGACAUGCCGGUGAACUUGAACGAGAGCGAAUUGGAUCGCAUUCGACAGAGCAUCUCAGACCCCGUUCAGUCGAAUCACGAAGCGAAACGGCAGCACCUGAAGGAACUGUCGACUCAACGGACAGGGAAAUGGCCCAACACGCUGGAAGCCAUGCGGCGCAAGAAGGAAAACUGGAAGAAGGACAAAGAAGAGCGCGAAGAAGCCGAGCGUCUCAAGAUCGACGAGGAAGAGCUCCGGCUGCAGAAGGAGUACAGGACAAAGCAAAUCGAGCGCGCGAAUAGGCUGCUGUACGAACAGACAGACCGUAUGAAAACGUUGCGCAGCAAGGAAUUGCUAGCGGAUGUGCUACAGGACCGAGAGUACCAGAUUGGUGAGAAGAAUGAGUUCAAGGCGAUGGAUCAGAAGGUCGAAGACGGCUGGACAGGGGUGCUCAUGACACAACUGCGCGACGCAGACAAGAAGGCCGACGACGAACGCAAGGUGCGUGAGCGGAAACACAAAGAGCUCGUUGUCAUGCAGCAGAAGCAACUGGAGGAGUAUAAGAACUCGCAUAUUGCCACGCUGCGUGAAGAGAUGCGGGACGGUGAGCGCAUCAAGGCCAAGGCGGAACAGGACGCCCGCGACGAAGAAGAGUCGGAGCUUGCACGCAAGCGACGGGUGAAGCAGGCCAACGAGGAUAUGCGGCUCGCGAACGAGCGCCUCAACCUUCUGCGGAAGCAGGAGGCGGAGAAGGAAGUGGCCGAGGAGGUCAAACGGCAGGAAGAUGCGCGCAAGAAGGAGGAGCGAACGCUGAAGCGCGACGAGUUGCAGCGGCAGCGGGACGAGAAGAAAGCCGCCCAAAAGAUGCGAAUGGUCGACUUGGCGACAGAAAAUUUGCUGCGGUUUGAGGCCAAGUCCGAAGCCCGCCUCGAAAGCCAGAAGAAGGAGGUCCGACAGAAAGAAGACAAUGUGUUGAAGUGCCGCGCGGAGCGGCGGGCGUCGCAGAAGGAUGCCAUUAACCACAGCCGUAGCUUGCAGCUGCAGGAGAAGGAGCGCCGCAAGCACGACGACCUCGAGAUAGCCAAGGAACAGUCGCUCAAGUGGGCUGGCUACAACCAGCGCGUGGAGCAGUCAAUCGUCAAGGAAGAACAGGACAAACGACUGGACAAUAUCCGCUUGGCGGCGUUGCAGCGACAACAGGCUGAUGCGAAGCGCACCAUCGACAUGGUACAGAUAUCAUGUAUUCAUGGUUACGAGGGGUGUGAACGCCGCGGGGUGUAUAUCUAGGAGGACCGCGCGGCGCAGAUAUUGGCCGAGGAAACGAUCAAGAAUGGGCACUCGAUGGACCAAGAACUCUACAAGCAAUACGCCGCACAUGUGCUGGACGACGCCGAGAAGAAGGGCAUGGCGAACACGUUCCCGCUCAAGCAAGCCCUCAAAGCCAAAGGCAUCGACCUGUUACCAGCGUCUGGGUUCCGCGUCUAGUGUAGGCCAUAGCCCAGUACUAGUACGUGCAACCCGUUAAUAGGAUUUUGUUCUCAAGAUUGGAUGAGAAUCUUGCUUCGAAUCUAUC